UAUUUGCUCACGCAAAUAUUAUUCAUCGAAGAAAUGAAUUUGAAUUCAAUGAAUUUAAUGACCAAGUCUUGAUACAAUUUCAGCCGCCAAAGACUACUACUGAAACAAUUCAUGAUUGCGGAAACGCUGAUGAUAUACUUCAGCUUGAAUACCUCAAGAUAACUCCAGACCCUCCGGAAAAAGGCCAUGAACUUCACAUUAGUGCCGUCGGAUAUUUAUCUGAACGUGUUAUGGAAGGCAGUUAUAUUAACUUGAUUGUCAAGUUCGGCAUGAUCAAGCUUUUACAGAAGAGACUUGACUUGUGUGAGCAAGUCGAAAAGGUGGAUAAGACUUGUCCAUUAGAAGAGGGUAAACAAACCUUAGAGCAUACCGUCGAGCUGCCAAAGGAAAUUCCUCCGGGAAAAUAUUUUGUUGAUGUCCAAGUGUAUACUCCAGAUAACAGGCGCAUUGCCUGCUUGAAGGCUACAGCCGCUUUUAGACCAUAA